GCGUCGCAAGAGCGACGUGAUCAUGAUACUGUCCCAUGGUAACGAAGCAAUGUUCUGUGGAGAUGGUAGCAUGUGCAUCUCUGUAUCGGUCAUUGCGGAAAGAUUCUUGUCGUUAGAGGUUUCUUUGCGAAACGAUUCUAUAUAAGCGGUGCACGAUGCCCGCAAAAAACGACAUUUCUUUGAAGGCACUUCUCAUCCAACCUUCUGACUAUUCUACUCCUUGACAACAAUCAACGCACUCUUAUCAUCAAACAUGCAGUUCAACAUGAAGCUCGUCGCUUUCCUGAGCAUUGCCACCGGCACCUUCGCUGCCGAUGUAUACUCGAUCUUCUUCACAGAAAACGACAAAAAAGUCGGAAGCACCAACUAUGAUGUCUCCAACGACAGCUGCUUCCUCAACGCGGGCUCAACCAAGGUGUCUUUCAGCCAAGCAACGGCCAACUCGUUCGCUGAAGGACCGUACUGCCUUACUGGUUACAGUGAUGAUGGGUGUGGCUCGUCGACUGGUUCGCAAACAUUCGAACACGUUCCCGUCGCGAACAGGGCGGAGAAUGGCGUUAAAAUUAUCCUUGACGGCGGUGUUGCAUCUGGAUCACACAAGAAGUGGACCCUCGGCAACUGCUAGAUGAUAUUAUCAACCUAUCAUCUCCACUAUUCCAAGCGACUAGACGGCGUUGCUGGGCCUAGAAGAGAUUCGGCAAUGUCGAGAGUUUCGAAUCAAAAAAUAGCGGGAUGCUUGAAAUUGUUAGAUAUCAAUCAAACUUUGAAUGCGCGCAUGUGGCGUGAUUAAUCUACGAAGUCUUCUUCUGAUAAGUAAUCC